UGUGAAGACGGGACAAUGAAGUCUUGUAGCUUAUUCACACGUGCGCCUCUGCGUUGCAUGAUCCGACCCGUAAUCCCUCCCGCCGGCGCUGCCCGGAGAACUCCGCGUCUUCCGCUCUACCAGAGGCCGCCGGCGUUCGAGGCCAAUCUGUCAGACCUGAAAAAAUGGCACGAUUGGGCUAAGAAUCAGGCCUCCUCAAUCGGCUCCACCUUCGUCGAAUUGGACAACGGCCCGGACUCCACACUCCUGCUCCGGGAGCUCAACUGGCUCGUCGAAGACGCAAUCGAGCAGCCCUCCGUCCUUUCUUCCCAAAUUUCCGGCGACGUCAAUUCACCGGUGUCGAUGAGGGCGUGUUUGGACGAACUGUACAGCUUGUGGAAGCAGCGGAUAGAGGAGAGAAGACCGUUCCAAUACGUGGUGGGUUGCGAGCACUGGAGAGACUUAAUCCUGAGCGUCGAGGAAGGGGUUUUGAUUCCCCGGCCGGAGACGGAGACAAUCGUGGAUAUGGCGGACGCCGCCGUGAAAGAAAACGCCGAUCUGAAGAACGGCGCGUGGGCCGAUUUGGGGACGGGCAGCGGAGCUCUUGCAAUUGGGAUUUCUAGGGUUUCCGCCAUUAGAGUUAUUGCUACGGAUUUGAGCCCCGUGGCUGUUGCAGUUGCAUCAUACAAUGUGCAGAGUUACAAUUUGCAGGACAGAGUUGAGGUGAGACAGGGCUCAUGGUUUGAUCCUCUCAAAGAUGUUGAAGGGAAAUUGAGCGGAUUAAUCAGCAACCCACCAUAUAUUCCGAGCGACGAUAUCAACGGCCUGCAGGCCGAAGUUCGUAAGCACGAGCCGAUACUCGCCCUGGAUGGAGGGAUGAAAGGGUUGAAAGACCUCAUCCAUCUCUGCAAUGGAGCUGCUACAAUGCUAAAGCCUGGUGGAUUCUUUGCUUUUGAGACGAACGGGGAGAUUCAGAGCAAAUUUCUGGUGAAUUACAUGGUUAUGGAGAUGAAAGGAAGCUUCGACCGUGUAAAUAUAGUUUGCGACAUGGCCGGAGUUCAGAGAUUCGUCGCCGGAUAUCGAGCACAACCCGAGUGAUAAAAAUCCCGUCUUGGUAAGGAAGAAAUGCACACAUUUGCUGAAUCUAAAAUAAAAAAAACUCGAAGAUCAAUACAGCAAUGUUAGAGAGGAAACGCUGUCUUUUAUUGCAUCUGCAAGUUCUUAAACUAAUCUCUAAAUGUACACACGGCGCCAGCUUUGCUGCCGCCCCGACGUUCAAUUUAAACGUCGAGGGCGCAAGCAAAAACCGUCCGACCCUGACAAGGGAAAAAGCUACAAGAAGACUGACUGACUAUUUACAUAAUGUUACGUGUAAAAUGAGAAGUUUCCAAAUCCUCUGAUCCACCAUAGAAUUUCAUGUGCAUCCAUUUCUAGGGCAAGCUAUUAACCAGGAAGAUCUCGACUCACCGGUACAGACAGGACAGCCAAAAUUGUUGUCUAAGACGCUCUUCGCCACUGUUUCUUCCCCUUUUUCUGAGUCAGCUUAAAGGGGCUCCAUGUUUUCCUGCGUUUCGAAGUCUCGCAGAAAAGUCCGGAUGCAACGGCCUGCUGAAGCCACAGUUCAAAUUCAUCCUCCUCGUCCAUCAUCUCGGCAUCCAAAUCCCAUGGAUAUCUGCUGGAAUUGGAUCUCUGAGUUGAUGU